AUGAAAAGUUUGUCUUCCGAGGCCACCAAGCCGCAACUAGCGAGGCGCGUCGCAAGGCCCAGCAAGUCCUCCUCCACGACCCCGCCGCUGACUACAGCCUCCGAUGAUGCCGCACCGCCGGAGCUCGUCAAACUACUAGUCGCAGAUUCGGCUAGAGGAGCUUCCCCUAAUUUUACGACUCCGGCAAUGACGAAUAUUGCAGCAGCAGAGCCUGUGGCGGGUAUCACCCCACGGCUACGGGAGGCUCCGAUUGACACCAAGGACGCGUACAUGCGGAGCAUUCGAUCGAUUUACGGGAACGUGGAUUGUGACCUGCCGAGCCGUCGGAGUGACAGCGCGACAGGCCCUGUGGGUCGGAAAAAUACAGACGCGUCUGCUCCUACCUCGCAACCGCAACAGAUCUCGCGUCGUCUUGACGAGGCGUUCAAGGCCCCUACGCCUGCCGCACCUAGUCGCUAUGAGGGCAAGAGGAAUCCACCCCCGGUGACCUCCCGUAAAGAUCAGAUAGGUGCCUUGCGACGCUCGUCGGCCCCCUCACCGCCUCCACGGGUAUCAGGUGGUUCGCGGAAGACCAAUGGUAGAGAAUCUUCAUCGACGCCAGUGAAAAACGGGAGAAAAGCGUCUAUGGCGGAAUCGCCCGUCGAUGUGCCUCCAGGAUUCGAGUCUCGGACUUCGGCUGUGAGCAGAGGUGCCUUUCUGGGACGCGGGAAGACUGACAGUGAUGUUGGUUCCGGCUCGAAAAGCACCGAGAGGGAACGCGAUCCUGUUCUUCCUCGUCCCUCGAAUUCCAGAGCAGAUGCCUUCCGCGAAGCAAUUAACACUCGCCGCCAAUCUGUCUCCCCAAGGUCAACAUCGUCUCGCCGCACGAAGACGCCGGAUUCGAAAGGGGAGUCUCCGCACGAUUCCUCCAAUGGCAGACUAUCUAUGGCGAAAGAGGACUGGCGGUUGCGGAAUGGUGAUAAAGAGCCCUCCAGACAGGUCACUUCUGCAUCGAAACUGCCUUCAGGUGUGCUGGGAGCUCUGCAACAGGAGAAAGAGAGAUCUAGAAGAAAGUCUGACAUUGCAACACUGCUGAGGCCGGAGGAGAAGAUUAUGCGAAGACGUCUUGAAAGAACAACUGAAGCUCCAGUAGCCACCGCUGUGAGCGUAGAUAGCGGGUCCACCACGAAAACUCGAAACGCCUUGCCCCUGAAGACUAACAGAACUGACUCAAUGACGAAUCCAUCGGUGGCGCACGGGGGGCAAGUUGAAGAGUUCAACCCGAAGAUGUCGGAGGAUCGAUUUACAACUUUGAAAGCACCAAAGGACAGAGGUGUUUUUGCUGGGAACGGAAACAUUAACCCGCGCCGACCGUCCAAACUAGUACCGGAAGACAGCAGGAAGUCGAACGAUCAUCCUAUAGGUCAUCCCAUGCUGGAAUCACGUCAAGUGAACGGUUGGGCGAACGGAAGUCCCGAGGUGAUCGAUGGUGUUGCAGAGGCAUGCGUGAACAGCUUGCUCGAGAACGAGGACGAUUACGUGCCCCCAUCGUCGCUCCCUGGUGUAUCUGGAACAGCACCAGCGUUGCCUAGCAAUGGCCCAUCCAUGAUUGAUAUGAUGAGAGCAUGUCAUGCGAACGAGCCCUCGUCAUCAGUACUGAGCACUUCAGACAGACAGGAAGAUGUUUUACCUCCUUUGCCAAAUCCAGAAGAGGACGUACGAUUUGAAACAAUGCUUCGAUCGAUGGGCUGGUCACCGCCCGAAGAGGAUGAGACUAUCAGAUAUCACCGCAAUGGAAUUUCUCUUCAUUCCGACCAGGAUCCUUCCAGAAGCAACUCCAGUCUCCCUGAAAUGGUAGGAAUUCGACAAGCGGAGAAUGGUGAUGUGCGGAGUGGUUACUACUCUCAUUUUCACUAGUGGAACGGAUUGGCUCCUCGGAGCUCACUAGAUGUAACACGGUAAACUAUUUUAAAUUACUUAGGCGUUGGCCGAAA